AUGGAGCAAAAAACCAACCUCCUCCUUAUACUCUUGUUCUCUUCCGCCUCCUUGUUAACUCUACCAAUUCCAACCACUGCAUCUCAACCUAUCUCCGCUGUUUUCGCCUUCGGCGAUUCUACGCUGGAUUCAGGCAACAACAACCGCCUCCCCUUCACGCUUUUCAAAAGUGACCACAAACCCUACGGCAAAGACUUGCCAAACCACGUCCCUUCCGGAAGGUUCUCAAAUGGAAAGCUCGCAACAGACUUCAUGAUCUCCAAACUCGGCCUCAAGGACCUCCUGCCCGCUUACUAUGACCCGAAACUGACCGAUCGUGACUUGCUGACGGGUGUCAGUUUCGCGUCCGGAGGUGGCGGGCUGGAUGAUUUGACCUUGGCCGUGUCCAAGGCCACGAGUAUGUCGAAGCAGUUGGAGGCCUUUGAUGAAGGGUUGGGGAGGAUGAGGAAAACUGUUGGGGAACAGAAUUGUAGCGAGAUUGUGAAAAACGCUGUGUUUGUGAUCAGUGUUGGUACAAAUGACAUGGUGUUUAAUAUGUACGAGUUGCCUGUGACUAUUAGGAAAAUUGCGUUUUCACCUUCAGAGUACCAGGAUUUUCUGCUCCGGGCACUUGGAUCUUUCGUUCAGAACCUAUACAAGAGGGGAGCAAGAAGGUUCCAGGUGGCGAGUCUUCCACCAAUCGGAUGCCUGCCAAUGCAGCUGACAAUAGGCAGCAUCUUCAAUGGGCUUCGCCGUGUGUGCGUGGACCAGCAAAACAAGGACUCUCAGGCCUACAACACCAAGCUCCAAGACCUGAUCUCAAGGUUGCAAGCCUCACUUUCUGGUUCCAGGCUCGCCUAUUUUGACACCUACAAUCCCAUUAUGGACAUGUUCUCCAACCCAGACAAAUAUGGGUUUUCACAAACACAUGAAGGAUGCUGUGGAACAGGGCUGGUAGAGUUGGGCCCUUUGUGCGGCGAGCUUUCAUUGACAUGUCCAGACGCUUCUAAAUUUCUGUUCUGGGAUUCGAUGCAUCCUUCCCAAGCAGCAUACUCCGUUCUUGCUGACAUGGCUCAAAAGACGGUGUUACCCUAUCUUAUCGCUUAA